CUUUUUAUAAUACUUCCAAUUCCUUCCAAUCCCACAUAUCAGAUACUCAAACAUAGGUCAUAUAUACCCAACCAGACACAUUGACACGCAAUACUUGUAGCAACAAUUGCAAAUAAGAUGCCUUUCAAGAAGUUGGCCUUUGAGCUCCACAAGAUGAAAAUAUCGGACAAUCCCAUUGAAGAAUUUAGGAUCCAUGAUUCUGUAACUGAGGCAUCUGAGGGUCCCAAAACCCACUUGAAAGAAUCAGGGGUCAAAAAGAACCAAAUGAAGCAAAAGUCCUUACUCCGAAAGCCUCGAUUUAACUACCUGUACGGUAAAACUCGGGCGGAGGGACUGGAGUGGGUCCACAAAAAUGUUGGCAUCGGGGAGGAAGAGGAAUCUAACUGGGUGAAAAAACCGGGUAGCAAAACAGUUUCUUGUAAAGCCUAUGAAAUGAAGGCUUUUAUAGCGGAAUGCGAAAAUGUAAAUCAGUGCCUCGAUUCCGAUUCUGGAAAGGAGAUUGGCUUGAAAAACUUAAAUGAGUGGAAGUCGCAGACAAAAGUUAAUAAAAUUCCAUCAGUUUCUCAGGUUGUAGGCUCCGAAGACGCUUAUGACGUUAAGGACCUGAUAAGCGAAUGCGAAAAGCUUGAGGAUGUUCUAUUUUAUGAAAUAAGAGGAGAUCAAUUCCAGAACCAAGACGAAGAAAAUGUCAAUGAGCUGGCCUGCUACCUGGACAAUAUGGCCAUUAUACCCAAGAAAAUGUCGCCCAUGGUAGACAUGAUCUACUCCUGAUGUAGACCACAGGGAUUUUAUCUUGUUCGACUUGGAAAAAUAAAGCUUACAUAUUUUUUAA